AUGAGAAAAACCAAUAUGUGGUUCCUAGAGCGGCUUCGCGGCUCUGGCGAAAACGGCACUGCCAGGGGUGAGGCGAGCGACAAGGCCUCGAAGGGGCCCCUGUACAGCAACGUGCUCACGCCCGACAAAAUCCCCGACUUCUUCAUCCCCCCGAAGCUGCCCGCCGGCCCCGCGGAGACCGAGGCCCCCGCCGAGCUGGGCGCGUCCGCGUCGGAGCAGAACCUGGCGGCGGCCGCGCCCCGCCGCGCCCCCCGCAGCCCGCGGCUCCCAGCCAAGCUGGCCGCAGAGAGCAGGAGCCUCUUGAAGGCGGCCACGCGCCACGUCAUUCAGAUCGAGAGCGCCGAGGACGCGCCGGCCGAGGAGGCAGCGGCGGCUGCCGAGCCCCCGGCCCGUGGCGCCAUGUCCCUGCCCUCGGUGCCCAAGGCACAGACGUCCUACGGCUUCACCACGCUGGCUGAGAGUCCGCACACGCGUCGCAAGGAGUCUCUGUUCCACAGCGAGCACGGAGCGCUGGCCCAGGUGACCUCGCCGGGCUCCGUGCGUCGCCGGGCGGCCGCCAAGGCCAACGGGGGCAACGGCUCGGCCAGAGAGGCCGGCGGGGCCCUUAGGAGCCCCGGGCGCUACUUCAGCGGCGGGGAGAGUGACACGGGGUCCUCAGCUGAGUCCUCCCCGUUCGGGUCUCCGCUGCUGUCCCGCUCCGUGUCGCUGAUCAAAGGCUUCGCCCAGGACAGCCAGGCCAAGGUGAGCCAGCUCAAACACUCGGUGGGCCGCCACGGCUCCCUGUCCGCAGACGACAGCACGCCGGACACCAGCCCCGGGGCGCGCGUGAGGCUGCUGGCGGAGUACGAGGCGGCCCAGGCCCGGCUGCGCGUGCGCCUGCUGGCCGCCGAGGGCCUCUACGACCGCCUGUGCGAUGCCCGCAGCAUCAACUGCUGCGUGGGGCUGUGCCUGGUCCCCGGGAAGCUGCAGAAACAGCGCAGCACCAUCAUCAAGAACAGCCGCCACCCGGUCUUCAACGAGGACUUCUUCUUCGAUGGGCUGGGCCCAGCCAGUGUCCGCAAGCUGGCACUCAGGGUCAAGGUGGUGAACAAGGGCAGCGGCCUCAAGCGGGGCACACUCCUGGGCGAGAAGGAGCUGCCACUGACCACCCUCCUCCCCUUCUUGUGA